CAUUUUUAUUAUAUUCUGCGCAUGAUUUCAUACUUAAUUUGGAUUUGUCCACAGUGUCUAAGAUUUGAAAUGGAAAAAUAGUAGAACUAAUGACAGAGACAGAAGCAUAUAUUUUUAAUACCAAAUCAAAAGAUAUGUCCAAAUAAGAGAUAAAUAUAAAGUUAGAGGUAUAACAAUAAGUCUUGGUUGUUACUUUCCAUAAGAAACUCUCUUUUCUCUUCCCCAUAACUUGCAUUUCAUCACAAUUUCACAACAAUGGCUAUCUUCUUUCUUCCUUCUAGUUCUCAUGCUUUUUUUCUUACACUCAUGUUGUUUUUCGUCACUAAUAUUUCAGCUCAACCACUACAACUCAGUGGAACAAACUUUUCAUGCCCGGUGGAUUCACCUCCUUCAUGUGAAACUUAUGUGACAUACUUUGCUCGGUCUCCAAACUUUUUGAGCCUAACAAACAUAUCAGAUAUAUUUGAUAUGAGUCCUUUAUCCAUUGCAAAAGCCAGUAACAUAGAAGAUGAGGACAAGAAGCUGGUUGAAGGCCAAGUCUUACUAGUACCUGUAACUUGUGGUUGCACUAGAAAUCGCUAUUUUGCGAAUUUCACUUACACAAUCAAGCUAGGUGACAACUAUUUCAUAGUUUCAACUACUUCAUACCAGAAUCUUACAAAUUAUGUGGAGUUCGAAAAUUUCAACCCUAAUCUAAGUCCAAAUCUAUUGCCACCAGAAAUCAAAAUUGUAGUCCCUUUAUUCUGCAAAUGCCCUUCAAAGAAUCAGUUGAACAAAGGAAUAAAGUAUCUGAUUACUUAUGUGUGGCAGUCUAAUGAUAAUGUUACCCUUGUAAGUUCCAAGUUUGGUGCAUCACAGGUGGACAUGUUUACUGAAAACAGUCAAAACUUCACUGCUUCAACCAACGUUCCGAUUUUGAUCCCCGUGACAAAGUUACCGGUAAUUGAUCAACCGUCUUCAAAUGGAAGAAAAAACAGCACUCGAAAACCUGCUUUUAUAAUUGGUGUUAGCCUAGGAAGUGCUUUUUUCAUUAUAGUUUUAACACUAUCACUUGUUUAUGUAUAUUGUCUGAAAAUGAAGAGAUUGAAUAGGAGUACUUCAUUGGCGGAGACUGCAGAUAAGUUACUUUCAGGUGUUUCGGGUUACGUAAGCAAGCCAACAAUGUAUGAAAUGGAUGCGAUCAUGGAAGGUACAACGAACCUGAGUGAGAAUUGUAAGAUUGGUGAAUCAGUUUACAAGGCUAAUAUAGAUGGUAGGGUUUUAGCAGUGAAAAAAAUCAAGAAAGAUGCUUCCGAGGAGCUGAAAAUUCUGCAGAAGGUAAAUCAUGGAAAUCUUGUGAAACUUAUGGGUGUGUCUUCCGACAACGACGGAAACUGUUUCCUUGUUUAUGAGUAUGCUGAAAAUGGAUCACUUGAUGAGUGGUUGUUUUCGGAGUCGUCGAAAACCUCGAACUCGGUGGUCUCGCUUACAUGGUCUCAGAGAAUAACAGUAGCAGUGGAUGUCGCAGUUGGUCUGCAAUACAUGCAUGAACAUACUUACCCAAGAAUAAUCCACAGAGACAUCACAACAAGUAAUAUCCUUCUUGAUUCAAAUUUUAAGGCCAAGAUUGCAAAUUUUUCCAUGGCUAGAACUUCAACCAACUCGAUGAUGCCAAAAAUUGAUGUUUUCGCUUUUGGGGUGGUUCUGAUUGAGUUGCUUACCGGCAAGAAAGCGGUAACAACAAAAGAAAAUGGUGAGGUGGUUAUUCUGUGGAAGGAUUUCUGGAAGAUUUUUGAUCUAGAAGGGAAUAGAGAAGAGAGCUUGAGAAAAUGGAUGGAUCCUAAGCUAGAGAAUUUUUAUCCUAUUGAUAAUGCUCUUAGUUUGGCUUCUUUGGCAGUGAAUUGUACUGCAGAUAAAUCAUUGUCAAGACCAAGCAUUGCAGAAAUUGUUCUCUGUCUUUCUCUUCUCAAUCAAUCAUCAUCUGAACCAAUGUUAGAAAGAUCCUUGACAUCUGGUUUAGAUGCUGAAGCUACUCAUGUUGUUACUUCUAUAGUAGCUCGUUGAUAUUCAAGUGAAUUUAACACUGAAUCAAUGCUUCAGUUUCUUAUGUUCAAGAUGGUUACUUUGUUUAGAUGAUUAUUGAUUACAUCUUUAUGUGUGGAACUAUAAGGUUAUUUUAAUUAAGGGAAGUAUUCUAAAUUUCUUUUUUUUUCAUGUGAUUCUUUAAAGCACGAGUUUGGUAAAUCGAAUUGUAAGCUGCUAUUGAAUUCGGAAUAAUUUUGGUUAUUACGUUAGUUUUCAUGAUUUGAAUAUUGUACCUCUUACUUCAAAACCUAUGCGCCGAUACUUUUGAUGAAACAAUAGGUAUGUCCGAUAUGACUGAUAGUUGUGAUUCCGUUAAAUUUGUUUAUUUUUUCAAAUUAUUCUAGUGUCGUGUUGAGAGGCCGUGUCUCUGUCUAUGUUUCAGUUUAAUGGAAGACUAAAAUUUUUCAAGAAAGCAUUUGGAAACAGCCUUUGGCACCCAUAAAUGUUGAUGCAAAGUCAGCUAUAACUUCUUUUUCUUCUCUUUUUUAUGGGAUGGAUGGGUAUUCAUGUAAAGCUAAAGGCAUAUUUUAAAUUAAAGUCAUGUAUAUAAUUGCAAAAGUCUUCUUUGGUGUUUCAAUAAUUGAUGAAGAUACCACUUACCAUCGAUGGUUGAGUUAGCAAUACCACGUCUAUAUAUGUGGAGAAUCUUUCUUGAGCACCAAAACUUCAUUGACCAGCUGCUAAAAGACAAAGUGAUUGAUGAAGCUUGGAAGUGAUGAAUCAAUAUGAUAAAGGAAUUUACUUG